AUGGCUGGAAGAAGCGGCCCGGGCUCAGUUCCCUGGCUCGGGGCGGCGGUGCUGGUGUCGGUCCAGGUUCUCGUUGUAGCUGUACAGACCACCCAGGCUCAUCAGCUCCGCUUUGUCACCGUGGUAUAUCGUCAUGGUGACCGGUCCCCAGUCAGGACUUACCCGAAGGAUCCUCAUCAGGAAAGUGCCUGGCCUCAGGGAUUUGGGCAGCUCACACAGAUUGGGAUGCAGCAGCACUGGGAAUUGGGACAGGCACUACGAGAGCGAUACAAAGGAUUCCUUAAUGAAUCAUACAACCGACAUGAGAUCUAUGUGAGGAGUACAGAUGUGGAUCGGACACUAAUGAGUGCUGAGUCCAACCUGGCAGGUCUGUACCCACCUGAAGGCUCCCAGGUAUUCCAUCCGAACCUCACCUGGCAGCCUAUCCCAGUGCAUACAGUUCCAGAGUCUAAAGAGCGACUCCUGAAGUUUCCAUUACUUCCAUGUCCAAAAUAUAUAAAACUGCAGGAGGAGACACGGCACUCCCCAGAGUAUAUCAACAUGACAAGAGACAAUUUGGAAUUCUUGCAAAUGGUAGCAAAUGAGACCGGACUGUCUGACUGCUCAUUGGAAUCUGUGUGGACAAUCUCCGACAUCCUCUUUUGUGAGGCAAAGCAUAACCUGAGUCUCCCCUCCUGGGCAACACCAGAGGUUGUGAAACGACUUGGUGAAUUGAAGAAUUUCGGCUUCAGGUUUCUGUUUGGGAUUAUUGAACAGGAGAAGAAAGCUCGUCUACAGGGAGGAGUCCUGGUGGCACAAAUCCUGAAAAAUAUAACGGCAGCCGCACACAAUUCCACUGGUGGCCUUAAGCUCAUUGCAUACUCCUCUCAUGACACCACACUGGGUGCUUUACAGAUGGCUCUGGAUGUCUACAAUGGGAAACAGGCUCCAUAUGCAUCGUGCCAUAUAUUCGAGCUGUAUGAAGAGAACUCUGGGAACUUUACGGUGGAGAUGUACUUCAGAAAUGACAGCCACCACCCACCUUACCCAUUAACGCUCCCAGGCUGUGUACACAGCUGCCCCCUAGACAAGUUCCACGAUUUGUUACAGGCGGUGAUCACGAAGGACUGGGAGAAAGAAUGUCAGCUCUCUAGCUCAACCAAAGACACGGAAGUCAUUAUCGCAUUGGUCGCCUGUGGAUGUAUCCUCUUUCUGCUCAUCGUCCUCUUGCUCACAGUUCUCCUCCGACAGAAUUCACAAACAAUUGGCUAUCAGCAUGUUUCAGAUAUGGGGGAGGAACACAGCUGA